AUGUCUACAUAUCUUUUCUUUGUGGGAAAUGUUUCUUGUACUUCUUUAUCUAAUCUGCAUGUUUGGUUUGAUAGUGAGUUUGGAGCAAAAGUUGUGCCUCCAAAGAGGAUAUUAAAGAUGUUGCUUGAGCUAUUUGACCAUCAAGAUCAAAAUGUUCGUGCAUCUUCUAAAGGACUUACUCUUGAGCUUUGUCGAUGGAUUGGAAAGGACCCUGUAAAAUCAAUAUUAUUUGAGAAAAUGAGGGAUACAAUGAAAAAAGAAUUGGAAGCCGAGCUGGUGAAUGUAACGGGGGCAGCUAGGCCAUGUCACAAAAUAAGGUCUGAGCAAGACAGGGAGCCAGAAAAGGAGGUUGUAUCUGAAGUUGUGGGUGCUGGCCCAUCUGAGGAAUCUACAUAUGAUGCUCCUCAGGAAAUAGAUGAGUAUGAGCUCGUUGAUCCUGUUGAUAUAUUGGCUCCUUUGGAGAAGUCUGGAUUUUGGGAUGGAGUGGUCACAACCAAGUGGUCAGAACGGAAAGAGGCUGUUGCAGAGCUAACCAAGCUUGCUUCAACAAAAAGAAUAGCACCCGGUGAUUUCUCAGAAAUCUGUCGGACACUAAAAAAGCUCAUAAUAGAUGUUAAUAUCACUGUAGCAGUCGAGGCAAUUCAAGCUAUUGGCAAUCUUGCUCGGGGUUUAAGAACUAAUUUCUCUACAAGUUCACGCUUCCUAUUGCCAGUUUUGCUGUUACUUACAACUGAGCAUGGUGAUUAUUCUUAG